AUGAAAAUCUUUAUCCCAUCUCAAAACCUAAUCUUGGCUACUACAAUUUUCCUAGUUUAUAUUGUUCCCCUAAGAGCCCAAGACAGCUCAGAAGACUAUGUGGAUGCUCACAACAAAGCACGAGCAGCGGUCGGGGUGGGUCCUUUAACGUGGGACGCUAUGUUGGCUACUGAAGCUGGUUUCUCGGCGUUCCAACGCGGUACAAGCGGCUGCUCUACGCGGAGCUGGACGGGGAGCAAUGGCGUGAACAUCGCUAGAGGUAGUUCUACGAUGUCAGGCGUUGAAGCAGUUGAAAUGUGGGUGAACGAGAAAUCUGACUACGAUUACAAUUCCAACACAUGUGCAGUGACCAAAAAUUGCUCCAGCUAUACUAAGGUUGUGUGGAGAAACUCGGUGAAGUUAGGAUGUGGAAAAGCGAGAUGCACUAGUGGUGAAACAUUAGUUGUUUGCGAAUAUGAUCCUCCCGGUAACGUUAAUGGCGAGCGGCCUUACUAAAAGGAAAUUUGAAUACGUCUCCAAGUAUAUGUUAUACACAUGUAUGUUUUGUUUUUUUAUGUUGGAUUUGUUCAUCUAUACCAAUCUUCUGUGUCAGCUAAUGAUGAUUGGUGUGUCCCGCCGGUCCGGUCCUUUUUUGUACCAUAUCUAUUCGUGGAUUUUAUGAUGAGAUAAGAAAAAUGCAAUGCUACU